ACGUCAUGUUAUCGUCCUCAGUCUCUUCUCGCGUUGUUUUCACGUCACACUGACACGGAGCUGGAUCAACAUGGCGGAGCGCAGGAGGCACAAGAAACGAAUCCAGGAGGUCGGUGAGCCCACCAAGGAUGAGAAGGCGGUGGCCAAGUAUCUGCGCUUUAACUGCCCCACCAAGUCCACCAACAUGAUGGGACACCGGGUGGAGUACUUCAUCGCCUCCAAAGCAGUGGACUGUCUCUUGGACUCCAAGUGGGCCAAAGCCAAGAAAGGCGAAGACGCCAUCUUCACCACCAGGGAGUCUGUGGUCGACUACUGCAACAGGCUCCUGAAGAAGCAGUUUUUCCACCGGGCCCUGAAGGUGAUGAAGAAGAAGCCAGAGAAAGAUACCAAGAAGGAGAAGGAAAAAGAGAGGGAUAAGGAGAAGGAGAGAGAGAAGGUCAAGAUCGACAGCGGAAAGGAGGAGGAUAAAAGGGGCAAAAAGGAGAAGAAGAAAGAGACUGAGGUGGCAGAGUCGAAAAAGGAGAAAACGGAGGAGAGCCCUGGGACUCCCAAGAAGAAGAAGGACACAAAGAAGAAGUUCAAGCUGGAGCCGCAUGAGGACCAAGUGUUCUUGGACGGGAACGAGGUAUAUGUUUGGAUUUAUGACCCAGUACAUUUCAAGACGUUUGCUAUGGGACUCAUUCUAGUGAUCGCCGUCAUCGCGGCCACCCUCUUCCCGCUCUGGCCCACAGAGAUGCGCGUUGCUGUGUAUUACCUGAGUGUGGCGGCCGGCUGCUUCGUCGCCAGCAUCCUUCUGCUGGCCGUGGCUCGCUGCAUCUUGUUCCUGAUCAUCUGGGUGGUCACCGGAGGGCGGCAUCACUUCUGGUUCCUGCCGAACCUUACGGCAGACGUGGGCUUCAUAGAUUCCUUUAGGCCGCUCUACACGCACGAGUAUAAGGGCCCGCGGGCCGAUGGCAAGAAGGCCGCCGCGGAGAAGGCCAAGGUGGAGGCGCUGGAGCCCACGGCCAAGGAGAAAUCGGACAGCGAAGAGAGGUCAGACGGCGAGAAGAAAGACGGCAACGGGGACGAGGAAGAGGAGGAGGACGACGACGGGGAGGAGACUAAGGCGGCGGGGGAGGGUUCGGGAGGCGAGGGACAGGGCGGGGACACGGACAGUGAUCGGCGUGAGGACGAGGGAUCGCAACACAGCAACGGCAACGACUUUGAAAUGAUCACCAGGGAGGAGCUGGAACAGCACACAGAGGAAGAGGAGGAAGACGAAGGAGAGUAUGAGGAGGAGGAAGCGGAAGAGAGUGAGGCAAAGCCCUCGCCUGGUGAAACAUAAACAUCUAAAGGACUCCUGCACUCUACUAGGACUCAAACUUCUACCUUGCAGAAGAGAGGCAGUCGUUUUCGUUUCGGAUGAGAUCUUCCACAAAGAAUGCAAAUGGGGAUCCUAAUUGUCAUUUGGGGCAAAGGCAAAUUCUCUUACUAAAAAUACUGAGGCUCUGAGUUUCUCUCCCAUUGUAUAAAAAAUUUGAAAACGUUCAUUCAGUUUUAUUCCCUCCCCCCUGACUUCUGGGUUCAGGAACAGUUCCUGUUUUAAGAAUCUGUUUUUAACCCACCUUAAGGCCAUUACCUGUUAGUUGGUGGUUCUCCUUGUUGCACGGGUCGUCUUGGUUCUGUUUGAGAUUUUAGGGCCGCAGAUGCUGCAGGCAUCAAGGACCAGGGUUACGGGGAUGGGCGGGGCUAUCUUUGCAGUUUGUGCUUUCGUUAACCCGUUAAAUGUGUGAGCUUCACACUAAACCCGAACUACAAAAGAAACUCUCUAGGAAGGUAAUUUGGGAGGACCAAAGUCUACGUGAUCCCUGAGGGUGAUGCGCGUUUAAGGGCGGUCAUUUAACGGAUCGCAGUCCUUUUUUUUCCCCCAUAUUGCUGACGAGCCUGCAUGAAUGUUUAAGAUUUCCGUGUUUCCAUGUUUCGUUAUAGGUACACCUCUGUCUUCAGAAGACACGUGGAUUGUGGGAGAUUUAGAAAUGUGUGCGUCUUCUAACCCCUGAUCCGUGCUGCCUUUUUGUCAAGAAGGCUUUUCCGAAAGAUGACUGCUCUAGACACAUCGUGUUGGUUUUUUUUGGUUUUUUUACUAUUUGGUUCGGCAGGCAGUGUCUGGACCUCAGUGACACAUAACUGGCACAACUAAUGAUGACCCUUCGAAGACGAGAGAAUUUGUAAUGAGGCAGUGCGAUUGGGUAAAUUUGAAUGCCUCUUUUCCCCAUGACAAUGUUGGAGCACACGCAUAACGGCAUAUAUAUGUUAGCUUAGUGCCAAACACAGAUGGUUUUUACAAGGUACAAAUUGCUGUUUUCACACAGUUGAGUAAUUACAUUUAUUGUAAGUGGAACUUGGUUUUAAAAAUCACUGUUAGUUAUCAAUUUCUUAAACCGAAGUCGAAGGGAAAACCGAGCCGAGAUCCCUAAUAUAUCUGUGUUACAAGUGGGCAGAUUUUGUGAUGCAAGACUUGUGGUCUCCUCUAGGUGUCAGUGUAGCCCAUCCGUGAUCCGUCGCCGUUAAGUUAUUGCCGGCUGUACCUGUGCAGUUUGUGAGUCUGACGCCGCAGGGUCAGUCACCCUGAGCGCGACACGACGUGAACUAACCCGCUGGCAAGUGAACCUGCUUCUGGGGAUCAUGCUUCGGUAUCGUCCUCUUUGUACCUUUAGCCUUGUUUUUCUUGCCUACUAUAUUUUAAGGGACUCCUGCAUCAUAGUGUUAGUGAUUUAAAGAAAAGGAAAAAAAAAAAUGAAGGAAAAAAAAAACAAACCUGUGAGCACAUCGUUUUUACGCAAGGUUCGACAGUACGUCAACGUUAAUAAAUCCUAACCAUUUCAAGAGUCUAGAACUAGCCUGUAACCUUCCCCGUGGCUUUUACGGUAAUCUCUGAAUAACCAUUGGUGAGUUUACUCAAGGGAAUAGACAAAAAAAAAUAAAAAAUCAUGUAUGAAUAUAAUUUGGAUUUAUAAUUUAGUCUUGUAUCUCUGUAGUUACAUUCUUAAGUGUUUUUUUUUUUUUUUUUUAAUAUACAAGCCACCUGAACUGCAUAGGUAAACUUUUAACAUUUCAUUCUUAUCAUGUUGGCUUGACGGUAUGGAGUGAAUCACUUUGCCAGGAACGCGUCUGGCCUCUACCACCUCGAAUCCUUUCCCUCUAUCAUGUAGCACAGGAUUUGAUCGAAAUACUGCACCAGAAAAGCUCCAUCACAGAAACGACACGCUUGCUGCCGGGUUCGUUGUAACGCAAGACCACCGUGAAAACCCCAUACGCUGGGAGAUCGUCUCUCACUCAUCCGCCACUAAGAAGGACCAACCAGCCUGUCGCCGUUCUGGAGUCACGGUAACAGUGCUGUUUUCUGACUAUCACUCGGGCCGCUUCUUCACCUGUUCCGACCGGAUAACUGCAUUUUCUGUCUCCCCUGGUUACUGCUAGUCUUUCUGAGAGAAAGGUGCCAGUAACUGUACCGUAGGCAUCGGCAGAGUUAGUUUUAAAAUCUCAAAUUGUAUUUGAGUGUCGCACAUUAUCAGUAUAUUGUAAAAUAUAGCUGCUUAUCCAUGUACGAAAGGUAUACACCCCAACCUUUAUCCAAUCCAAACUUCUGCAGCCAUUUAGGUUGUCCAUAUUUGGAUCGAUAUAAAAUUGAGGAUGGUCUUUUGAGGUUACUGGAAUAUAAUUUAAAUAAUUGUCUAUCUUGAAAGUAUAUCUGUAUCUUUUCAUUGCAAUAAAUGUAUAGCAAGCA